UGACCUGAUAUGCCAAAGCCGUGUGCGUGUGCUCCUCCUGGCCCUGCCCGCUCCAGCUGGGGACCGGCGACGCCGGAGCCAGGAGCCAGGAGCCAGGAGCCAGCCCUCGGCUGGGAAGGAGCCGGGAGGCAGCAGGGAUGCAAAUGAGCUCAUUUGCCUGGCCCGGCUUCUCGCAGCCGCUCGGCAGCCUGUGCUCGCGGAGGGGGAGGCAGCUCCCGCAGCGGCCAUGCAGCGGCCCCUGGGAAAGGGGGCAGCCGGUCACUGGCACCUGGCACCCAAAUCCAUCCGCUUGCCUGGAAAAGCCACCGAGCGCUGAGUCCUCGUCCUGAAAGAGAGGCGUCUGGCUGGAGACGGAGCUGCAGAAACGGCGCACUCCGGGGCUGGGCUGGUGGGAAGCUCGAGGAGGCGGAGGAGCUGCUUUGCUUCCAAGCCGGUGGCCGCAGGAAGGUUUGCACGCGGCCGCCGCAGCCCUGCUUCCCUCUGCUCCUGCGCCAGGCUGAACUGCUGCACCGCCCACCCUGAGGCUGCGGCAAGGGCUGCGAAGCUCGGCUGCUUCCCAGGAACAGCAGCCCUCACCCAAAACACACCAUGGACCGUUUCCGGAUGAUCUUCCAGUACUUCCAGUCCAACUCAGAGUCUGUGACGAACGGCGUCUGCGGGCUGCUCGCCCUGGCUAGCGUGAAGAUGUACGCUUGCUUUGACUUCAGCUGUCCCUGCCUGCCGCGGUACAAUGAGGCGUACGGCUUGGGGGUCCUGCUCAUCCCCCCCAUCGCCCUCCUGCUCUGCAGCUUGCUGCUCACCCGGCAGCCCGUGGCGGUGCUGGAGGAGUGGAGGAGGCCACGGGGGCGCAGGAGGAAGGACCCAGCUGUUAUCAGGUACAUGUGUUCCUCCGUCCUGCAGCGAGCCAUGAUUGCCCCUGUCGUCUGGAUCAUAGUCACCCUCCUGGAUGGGAAAUGCUUUAUCUGUGCUUUCAGCGGCUCUGUGGAUCCCGAGAAGUUUGCGGGCUUUGCCAAUGCCACCCCGGCGCAAGUGCAGCAGCUUCUCGCCAAAGUGCCCUGCAAAGAUGACGAGUUCAUGAGGAACAACACGUCCCGAAAGGCAGUGUCGAGGUACCUGCGGUGUUGGUCCCAGGCACUUGGCUGGAGCAUUUUGUUGAUCCUGAUCAUAGCAGCUUUCCUUGCCCGUUGGCUGAGACCUUGCUUCAGCCCGGCCGCCCUCCUGCAGACACGUUACUGGAGCAACUACAUUGACAUUGAGCAGAAGAUUUUUGAGGAAACCUGCUGCGAGCACAGCCAGCACUUUGCUCACCAGUGCAUCCUCCACUUCUUUGAAAGCAUGCGGAAAGAGAUCAAAUUGCAUAGCUUCAACCUGCACAGGGAGGAGGAGGCUGAAGGAGAGGAAGACCUUCUCCGGGGCAUCACAGACCAGGAUCAGGUGAACGAGCUUCUGCAAACAUGGUACUACGAGAAACCGCCCUUGGAUGUGAGCCAGGUGACCCAACGGCAUCCUCUGGAGGGAGAGCGAUCGCCGGCACCCUGGCCCCAACCCCCCCAGCACACUGAUGUCUAGAGGGGGCUCUGCACCCAAGGGGCACCGUCGUGCCCAGCCUUGCCAGCAAAAUCUCCAGCCUGAACUAGUGAGGUCCUUACGAUCCAAGGGACACAGCUGCCAUUAAUGACAUUUCUUGUCCGAGGGCUCUGCAUAGCUUCUUUGUCAUAAUAAAGAGUUGGCAGCUUUUAAAGCUGUGCUAAAACCCUUCUGGCUCCAGGAGGAAUUUAACCUACGCAGCAACAUCUGGCUGUGUGUGCAAACACAUUGAAACAGCAGCUUAAAGGAGGUGUGAGUAGCUCCUGCCCAUUUCAGUGAAAUCUGAUUAGGACAGUUAGCAUUGCUGACACUGAAAUGAUUUAAUUGGCAACUCUUUUAAUACCGCGCCAACAUGUUUACUCAAAACGCAAACGCACCUCCUACAUCUUCCCAUCUGCUGAGAGCUCUGGCUGCCCCCAGCCCAGCUGCCAAACUAUUCAGCCUCUCUCUAAGAACCCAUCAAUACAUCUAUGCAUUUUCAAAACAAAAUAUGGCAACACACUGGAAUUUAUAGAGGGGCGUAAAAUUAAUUGAAGGUACUCUCAGGUCAGCACCAGGUGACCCUGGUUUGGGUUGGGUUUGCAGAAUGACAAGGAUAUGGAGGCUUUUCUUAACGUACCCAAAGCCAUGGGACUGUGCUCAGGUUCAGCUGGCUGCUGUAAGAGUGGGCAUUUGGCCACGGAAAGGACAGCAGACACAUGGACUCUACCAGAAAAGUCUGAAUCCAGAUUUUAAACAAUACCCUGCAAGAUUUUAGUUCAAAACCCUCUGUCUGGAGGAUCAUCCUUGGAUCACUUAGUUGGGCAUUUCCAUCCUUAGUUUCAAUAUUGUUUAAAUAUAACCUUAUCUCUGGGCUUGUAACACUAGUUAUUUUCUUACUUGCCUUUUUCCAGCCCCCGUUGUAGAUAUUUAGUCUCAGCCAUCCUGCCAGUUUGACUAAUGUUUAUGUUGGCAAUUGCUACUUGGAUAUAUUAAACUUUUUUUACCCCAAGU